AUGAAGUUCCAUCUGGUAAUAACAUGUCUCUCGUUUGUGUUCGCAGCUGCUGGUACAUCCUUCCAAUCAUCAGAGUCUACUCUGGAACCAAAUUACACCUCCCCGCUAGGUGUGCAAUACAUCAACCCUUCGAUAAGCUACGAUGUCACGGGACCCUACAGUCUGCUUUCUAUCGCAGGCCCAACCCUCUUUGUCGCCGGCGUUCGUGGAAUACAUCCUUCGAAUAACACUCUCGCAGAGAUUGGAUAUCCCAGAAUACGUCUAGCGUAUGAGAAUAUGGCUUAUUUGGCGCGGUCGGCGGGGAGUGACCUGACAUCAUGCGUCCGUCUGGUUGUCUAUGUGUCGGAUAUGUAUCGCUAUCGCCCCUUGGUCAACCAAGUCCAAAUUGAGCUAUGGGCCGAGUUGAACACAACGGGCAAAGUGCUGUUUCCACCCAGAACGAUUAUUGAGGCACAGAGGCUGAACGACGACGAUAUUGUCGAGGUCGAAGGAACAUUCUGGUUGGGCUGA